AUGCCCAUCACGGAUGAGGAGAGGAAGGCGCAUUAUAGCUUGAAUCGCAAGUUUGAUCUCUACGUAUGUGCUCAUCUAUCAAAAUGCCGAAUCCAUGUAGCUGACCAAGAGGCACAGAUCAUCCCUUUCCUGGCGGCAAUCUAUCUCUUCAACGGUUUGGAUCGGAGUAAUCUCGGCAACGCCCAGACAGACAACUUCAGCACCGACAUCGGUAUCCCGGCUGCUGCCGUCAAUCAGGCCAACAGUUUGUUCUUCGUGACCUAUAUCCCUUUUCAUCCGAUCAUUGUUGGUUUCGGCAAGAAGAUGGGUCAAACAAAGUUCAUCGCGUUGAUCGGCAGCAUUUGGGGCAUUCUUACGAUUUGUCAUGCCUUCGUCAAGGGUAAUGGCUCGCUCAUUGCCAUCCGUCUCCUCAUGGGCGCGGCGGAAUGCGGGUUUUAUCCGACGGCAGUCUCCUACCUCUCAAAUUUCUAUCCAAGAUACGAUCUAGCCUUCCGAUUCUCGCUUUUCUACAGCUUCUUCGCUAUCGCUGGGGCUUUUGGAGGACUGAUUGCUUUUGGUGUUUUUCAAAUCCACGGAUCAUUGUACGGCUGGCAGUACCUAUUCAUCAUCGAAGGGAUCGUCCCGAUCAUCCUGGCCAUUGCCGCCCCAUUCAUGUUGGCAAAGGGCCCCGGCACAGCAUGGUACCUGACGCCCCAGGAGCGCGAAUAUGCGGAUAAACGUAUGGUCAUGGACGCUGCUGCAAACUUGGACUCGACCUACAAACUAACAAAACGUGAUAUCUACGAAGCUUGCAUCGAUUGGAGGCUUUGGGUUACCUUGGCAGCCAACAUCAUGUCGACCCUGGCUGGACAAGGCCUUUCAACCUUCUUCCCUGUCGUCAUUAAGGGUCUAGGGUAUUCAGGAGCGCUUGCCAACUUAAUGACUGUUCCGCCAUACGUUGCCGGCUCAGUCGUCCUGCUACUGGUCGCUUACUCGUCCGACAGGUUUAAGAACCGUACUUUCCACAUUCUAGGCGGUUUGGUCUUGGUCAUUAUCGGUCUUGCUCUAACGCUUUCGCUUCCCCUGGAAAAUACCGGUGGACGCUAUGCAGGCUUGCUCGUGCUUCUUUCGGGUUCUUUCAUCUCCUCACCGCUGAGCGCUGUGUGGCUGGCCGGUAACACUCCGGAACCUGGGAAGCGUGUCAUCAUCAUCUCGUUCAACGGCUGGGGCAAUCUUUCCGGUGUCAUCGGCUCCGAAUUAUUCGUGCCGCAGUAUGGCCCUGACUAUCGGUAUCCCCUGAAGAUCACGCUGAUUCUCGUUUGCACUUCGUUUGCUCUCUAUAUCGUUGUGUACAUUCUGUUGAGAUACACCAACUGGCUGAGGGCAAAGAAGCUUGCAACCAUGACUGCCGAUGAGCUUGAGGAAGAAAACAGGUCAGAUGUGCGCGUCGGCGACAAGAAGUACACUUUCGUGUACGGCUUGUAA